UUUUUAUUUGCCAUGGAAAAAGGGCAAAAAGCUUCGUUUUUUGCGUAAAUUUUGCCUUGCGAAAAGCGUUUUUUGUCCAUUUACAUCUUGGAAUUAAAUUUCGAGUGUAUACAUAUAUGUAUCUAAUCGGAAACUGAAGCGAAGGAGAAAAUGACGAAUCUAAUUUUGUUAAUGGGGAAAAAAAUUUAGAGAGAGAGGGAGGGAGAGAUGGGAUUUCUGUCACACAGAGUGAAACGAAGCGAUUUAGAAGCAGGAGACCAUAUCUACACUUGGAGGACUCCCAUUUUCGCAUACUCUCACCAUGGUAUCUAUAUUGGUGGUGACAAAGUGGUGCACUUCACUCAACAUCAGAAUUUGAGUUCUGGUGACUCUACUUCCUUUCGCUUCUCAUCAUCGGUCACAGAUGUCACAGCCGACUGUUUAGAUUUUCCAGAUUGCGGCUUCAGAAAGCAUACAAGUGGAGUUGUUAUGUCAUGCUUGAACUGCUUCUUGGGGGAUGGAUCUUUGUAUCGUUUCGAGUAUGGAGUUAGCCCCGUGGUUUUGAUCACUAGGCUCCGAUCUGGGACAUGCACGACUGCCAAAUCCGAUCCUCCAGAAGAGGUGAUCCACAGGGCUAUGCAUUUGCUGCAGCAUGGAUUCGGGAAGUAUGAUGUGUUUUCAAACAACUGUGAAGACUUCGCUUUAUAUUGUAAAACCGAGCUUGUUGUUUGUCCCCGGAGAGGCUCAGGUGGCAGUGGCCAAGUCUCGUCUGUUGUUGGUGUUCCUGUGGCCACGAUUCUCUCUUUGCCCCUGAAGAUGUUCGUCUCUAAUCCGGUUGUUCUUGGUGCCACAGCAGUGGUGAACUAUAACUUGAAUCGGUAUGCUUCUGAUGUUGGUGUUAGGGAUGAUGUUGUUAAGGUGGAGGUCGAGGGCGUUGCAGCGUUUCAUGGCAACCUAACGGCCGGGGUAGAUGGUGGCGCUGACGUCGCUGGUGAUCGGCCUAAGAAGCGCAGGAGAAACAGUUGAUGGAUGAUCACAAGUAUUUCAAGAAUGGUUGUUCCUUUGAUGUUUUCUUCUAUUAUGCAACUCUUAGUUUUUCUAUAUUUUGCAUUCACAGCAGUUUUCUAUAUGCUGCUCUCUAA